AUGAAAAGCACGGCCGGCCGGGCCCGCCCCGGGGCUGCCCGGGAGCAGGAGCGCGCCGGGCGAAGCAAGGGGCGUCAGGGCGGUGUGCGCGGGACCGAGCGCAGCCCCGCCGGCUCCCCGCUCCCGCGACGUCACUGCCCGCCCGCCCGCCCGCCCGCGCGAGCGGAGCCUCGCCGCGUACGGCCCGGCGCGUCCGGGGCACCGGCGUCCGGCCCAGACUGCCCCGUCCCCGCCCUCCCGCCGCCCGGCCGAGCCCGGACCCGCGCGCUGCUCCCAUCUCGCCGCCGCUGGGCCCCUACCUGGCUGUGCUCAACACUCGGCCUCAGGGGCGCCGUCCGGGCUCGCUCUUCCUCCUCGGCGCCUGCCGAGCGCUCGCCGGAAGCCCGCGCUCGGCCCGCCCCGCCCCGCCGCCGAGUGAGUUCCGUCAGCCGCGCGGCCGGCCCUGGCCCGGCCCCGAUUGGCCCCAGCCGCCGUCCAUCGCGGCCGGCCCGCCUCCGCGCCGGGAGGCCCGUUUCCGGCGGAAGCGCGGGCCAGAGCGGCCUCUUAUUGUUGCUGUGUCAUAGGGGAGCGGCGGCGGCCCCUGGCGGCGGCGCCGGCAAUAGCGGGAGGGGGGCCGAGCCUCGGCCGACAUGCGGAAAGGGUCCCCCCCCACCGCCGCUGGGCGGCGCUGCGGGGUCGAGGCCGGGACCCGGCUGGUGGGCGCCGGUGGACGCUGUGUUCCCGGCCAGCCUGAGCCAGAGGAAGACCUGCCACAGCGGCUCUCUCAUCUUAACUCCUGUCUGCCAUUAUGAUGCGUCUGUCAUCUUUCUGCUGGUGCCUGCCCUGUGGAGGUCUAAGCGCGGCUCUCAGUAUCUGGGUCUCCCUCCCCCCGGACGCCCUGUGAGCAAACUUGGGCUGUCAGGCUUGCCUAGCAAACAGUUUUACCUGCGGAGUCAUCUCACUGGCCCAGUUUCCAUCUUUUUUUUUUUUUUUUAACUACACAAGAAAGAAAACCUUUCAAUUUAGCCAGGUGUUCAUGCCCGUAAUCCCAGCCCUCAAAAGGCUGAGGCAGGAAAGCUGCCAAGUGUUCAAGGCCAACUUAAAAGAUUUAACUGGUGCUGGAGAAAUGGUUUCUGUGGUUUAGAGCGCUGGCUGCUCUUCCAGAGGCCCUGGGUUCCAUUUCUAGGGCCCACGGCGGCAGCUCCCAGCUGUGUGUUACCCCAGUUCCAUGGGCUCUGAUGCCCUCUUCUGGCCUCUGUGGGUGCCAGGUUUACACGUUUUACAGACAUGAAUGCAGGCAAAAUACACAUAAAAUUUUCAAAUGUUUUUAAUUAAAAGAUGUA